CUUGUCUGGGAGGUGGAUCAGGUGGAAGUAGAUUUUUUCAUUGUCAGGAUGUUCUAGCUAAGAGGUUGAAAAACAAGGAAAAGAAUGAAUGUUGUGUGGUACUGUGUAGUUGUGAUAUCUUGAUACUUUGUUGUCAAAAUGCGGUUAAACUUUUGAGAAGAUUUAGGAGGAGAGAGAGAGAGAGAGAGAGAGAGAGAGAGAGAGAGAGAGAGAGAGAGAGAGAGGCCAGAUAAUUGGCUAAAAUAAUAUGAUGAAUUUGAGAGCUGAAAAAAUAUGAUUAACACGUUACCCGCGAUAUGGCAACACCCAACACUUGCGAAAAUUGCGGCAACCUUCAGACCACUCUCCCGCCAGUCACAGUGCAGCUAUGAGAGAGAAAUCGCGUAGGUACCUUCGCUCCGUCCCAAUGACUCGUAUGCACUGAUAAAAUUUGUGUCUCACCAGUGGCCCAACACGCAGUGCUACAAUAUUUUCUUUCCCUAUUGUGUCUUGAGCCACCAGUGCACCACUCAACUUUUGUACCACCAGUGGCCCAAUUUGCCACAUUGGAAUAUGUUGGUCUUCUGUUGCGUCUUGUGCCACUAGUGUACUACUUAAUUUUAAGUAAAUGGGCAAAUGAUUAUAAGAAUAUAUGUUGACUAGUAAAAAAAUUGGACCACAUACGAUAUUUAUGAAAGUACUAAGCAAUUAUGUUGUUUUCAUUAGAUUGAUUUACUGAUAUUUUUAUGUCUGCAGACUAUGGAUCCUUCGUUAUUCUAUGGUAGUCAUGAUGACCAAGACACCUCUGAUAAAGAUUUUACUCUCACCAUUGUAAGCAACUCGAGUAGCAGUGAAGAAAGUGAUGAAGCAGGAGAGACAGAAAAUAAUGGAGCAGAUGAACUAGGAGAAACAGAUGAUGAGGAAUCUGCAUCUACCAGUAGGCUUGCACCUGUACAGGGAUGGGGGCCUGUUUCUUCCAAACAGCGUCCUUAUGCCUUCAGUGGUACAGAAGAACUGGUAAUCUUGCCUCAUGUAAACCCAGUCACAGGAAAACCAGAGCCUAUUGAUAUGUAUGCAUUAUUCAUAACCGAUGAUCUUCUGGACACAAUAGUCAGUCAGACAAAUAUAUAUGCCCAGCAAAAAAUAAAUGCAGCACCACUGACAAGGAGGUCAAGGCUCAUUUCAUGGAAACCCACAACAAGGAAUGAAAUAAAAAAAAUUCCUAGGUAUAAUACUUUACAUGGGAAUUGUUGGUAUGCCAGAGAUUUCUUCCUAUUGGAGUAAAAGCAAGUUGUAUGCUGGCUCUUAUAUUAGCAGUGUGAUGACAAGAGAGAAGUUUGAAAUCCUUCUUAGGUGUAUACAUUUCAGGGAUAAUUCUGAUGUUGAUGAUCCACUUGAUCCAUUAUUCAAAGUCAGACCCUUGGUCACAGCCAUUAGAGACUGCUGCCAGGCUGUUUACAAGCCAGGUCCCAUGGUUGUGAUUGAUGAGAGUAUGGUACCCUUCAGAGGCAGAAGUAAGGUUAGGCAGUAUAUUCCUGGGAAAGCACAUAAAUAUGGCUUCAAGUUGUACAAGGUGUGUACUCCAAGUGGGUAUACAUGGAAUUUCAAGAUUCAUUCAGGCAGUCAAACAAAGCAUCAGGGACUAAACUCCACUGAAAGCCUAACAGUAGAACUAUGUGAAGAACUAUUAGAUAUGGGCGCCACUCUUUAUGCUGAUAACUACUAUUGCUCAUUGACACUAGCAGAAUACCUGUUGAAAAAGAAAACUUACCUUUGUGGAACCCUAAGCAGCACAAGACAGUACCUUCCCAAGGAAGUAACUGAAAGUAAAAAAAAAAAAAAUGAAAUGAAAGGACGGGAGAACAGCAAUGGCGUCAAAGUUUUCAAAUGGAGGGAUAAAAGAAAUGUCCUGACUAUCUCAACUGUCUCUGAACACAGUGAUCAACUAGUUCCCAGUGGCAAGGUAAACAGAUGUAGAGAAGAGGUUUUCAAACCACAAAGUGUAAUGGCAUACAACAAGGCAAAGAAAGGUGUGGAUGUAUUUGACCAGUACACAUCCUACUACAGUCUGCUAAGAAAAGGCAAAAAAUGGUACAGAAAGUUGGCCUUUGAACUGCUCACUGGAUUAACAGUUGUAAAUGCUUGGGUUCUCCAUUGCCAGUACUUCCCUAGGGCUAAGAUGAGUCAGCUGCAAUUUCGAGUCUUUAUUGUAUUCCCUCAUUGGAGAAGAGCCUAAUAACAUUAGACCUGGAAAAAGUCCUGGAGUCAUAUCAAGAAAAAGAAAUCCUCAUAGACUGACUGAGAAAGAUGGGCCUAAGAGAAACACAAGAAAAAGGUGUUGUGGCUGCUAUGAAAAGAUCUUUCUUUCUGAAGGCUUCAAGGAAGCUAGAAAUAAAGUGAGAAGGGUAAACACAUUCUGCUCUGAGUGUGAGGAUAAGCCACACCUAUGUAUUACAUGCUUUGCAGAGAAGCAUGAUACAUAAAAUACAUGUCUUUCUUUUCCCUGUAAGGAAAAAAAAAAAUUUUCAGGAUAUAUGUUACUGUACUAAAAAUUAUUGUUUUUUUGAGUCUACAUAUUGCAAUAUCUUUGAAUGUUAUUGAAAGGAUUUCAGUGGCAUAGUGUUUUUUUUUUCAUAUGUAUCAUUAGUCUUGUUUUUUAUUCACAUUUCCCGUUCAGCGUCGGGAGAUUGUAUUUUUUUAUGAAUUAUCUUUUGGAUAUCAUUGGAAAAAUUUGAGUGACAUAAUGCAUUUUUUCAUAUGGAUGUAGCAUUUAUCAUUAUUUGUUUUUUUUUUUUUUUUGUCGCAUUUUCAGUUUUACAUGGAAAAAUUAUAUUUUUCUUAUUAAUUGUCUUUGAAUGUUAUUGAAAGUAAUUCAGUGCCAUAAUUCACUUUUUUUCAUAUAUAUAAUUCAUAAUUAUAUAUGUUUUUCAAUUUCACAUUUCAAGUUCUGCAUAGGACCUUAUAUUUUUUUUAUUUUUUUUUUCCACAAUUUCUUACUAUUCUUAUGAAAAAAACAUACUUUAUAUUGAGUUUUUGAGUCUCAACAUAUUGUUUUGAAAAUAUAUUGAAAUACAAAUUAGUGUUUGACUUUGAUUCUGUUCCCACUUCUCUACACCCUUUGUUACUGUAUGAAACACUGAGAAAUAACCAAUCAUUAUUUACAAAUGGGAAAAAAAUCUAUAAAUAUAUUCUUUUGUUUAAUCUCAUUUGUGCCACCAGUGUACCACUUCUCCAUGAAAAAAUAUAAUCAUUGGUACACUGGUGUACCACGACGCGGGUAACAUGUUAAGACUUACGUUCACACAGAGAGAGAGAGAGAGAGAGAGAGAGAGAAUGUGCUAAAUUUGCCUCUCACAUU